UGAGAAACUGUACGUCCAAGUAACAUAAGAGCCACAAGUAAGAACCAAAGACACCAUGCAGAGAGCCGUACGUAACCAAGAGCCCUACAAUCCCAUGCACCUUUUAUCACACACUCUUAUAUCAUAUAAAAAGGACUAUUACAAUUUCCUGAAAAAUAAAACGAUUACAGUACCACUGAAAUUCUGUAACUACAUAUAAUGAUGACGAGGGAGCAGCUAGUUCUCAUUCGCAAAGCGCUACUAGCCGCCGCGGCAGUUGUUUUAGCAACGGUACUACCACAAGAUUAUGCAGCUGAUGAUGAUCGUUACGCGGUGACGAUUCGUGUCACCAACAAGUUGAGCAGCAGGAUGGCGCUGAUAGUGCAUUGUCGAUCCAGAUACAUCGAUCUCGCCGCUCGUUUCGUCGUCCCCGAUUCGAGUUGCAAUUGGAAGUUCAACAGAAAUGAUGCUUAUCCAGGGACGGAUUUUAAAUGUCGCCUGGCGUUUCAGGACAAGCGUCUUGAUUUCUUAGCUAUCACCGUACGUAAAGACGUUGCGGAGUACGUGUACGAUGUAUUUGACGAUGGAGUUUACGGGGCCGACGGUCGUAUUUCUGAAUGGGCUUAGCUUAGCUAGUUGUAGUGUUGGUGUAGCAGAAAAAAAAGGAUGAAAAAUCAACGAUGGACGUACUACGUAUAGACUUAUACGGGUGUGUUUGUUUUUUUUUCUUUGCUGUGAUUUUUUAGUACUGUGUAUUGAAUGAAAAGUGAUGUUACAUAAGGUUUUAACCAAACUAAGGCUGCAAGUGAGCCGAACUCGAGCCAUUUAUUAACGAGUUGGGUCGAGUCGAGUUCGAGCUAGGAUUGUUUACUAAAUUCUUAGAUCGUAUUUGAUACAUUUAUUUUGUAUGUCGUGUGUAUGGUACAUAUGAUUGAUGUAACAAUAAUAUGGUGUUGGCCCGCUACAGUCCCGUGUCAGCAUACUCUUAACAUAUUAGUUUCAACCUUAUAUCCUCUUUGACCUACGAUUAAUCAGUUAAUGCAUUAAUUGAUUUCUGAAUUCCCUUAUUAUGUUUCCAACAUGAGUUCAGUGGCAUGCUUUCCACUAUAUCCAUGGCACAAAUGCAUGGGAUGUUUACUUCCUAGUUUUUAUUAUGAUAGACCAGUUUAAUAAAGUCAUUUUUUCAAU